AUGACCCCUAACUAUAUUCAUUUGAGUGAGGUGGAGAAGCACAUCACAGAGAAUGAUCUAUGGUUCAUCAAGGAUUUCAAGGUUUAUGACAUUACAAAGUUUGUGGAUCAGCACCCGGGCGGCGUCGACACACUCCUCAGCGUGGCGGGUAAGGAUGGCACAAGGGACUUCAACGCUGUGGGUCACUCAGAUAGCGCCGUGGAGGAACUGGCGCGGUACUACAUCGGCGACAUUCACCCAGACGAUACGAAUAAUGUUCAGCAGACUACCAGCAAGACAGCAGAAAGCUACUUCGGCAUCGCAGUGGUGCUGGCGCUCGUCGCCAUCUGCUUGUUUUUUAUCUUCCGCCCCUGA